GGGAAACUUUAUGCCAAACUAAAUUUAUUCUCCUUGGCGUCUUGUUGUGUUAAUCCUCAAGCAAACGACCCGUUUCUGUCGCCAAGUCAACCCGACCCGACUUCGUUCCCAUCGGUUGAUCGGCCGGGACCUGAUUGCGUUUAGCCUCCCGAAAUCUACGGGCAAAGUUGAUCCCUCUGGGUUUGUCAUUUGAUAUCCUCUUUUCCCGUACCGCGCGUUUAUGAUUCUGAUUACGUUCUUGGUUGUUUGCGAUUGAUCCGUUUAGGAUUUUCUCUGAGUCCAUCGCUUAUUGAAUCGUCAAGGCUUUUUCUUGUUUGACUUUGGAAUAUCGAAUCUGCUCAAUACUCCACCAAAUUAUCAAACUUGGUGUUCUUUGUUGCUCAAUACUCCACCAAAUUAUCAAAACUUGGAUGUUCUUUGUAGCUCAAUUACCAAAUUAAUAAGUUGCAUUCUUCUUUGUUGCUUGUUAGCCUUUUCAUCGAGUUUCGUUUCUGCGAUACUAUUUUGUUUAGGAUAGUAUGGCUGAAAAGGAAGUGGUUUCUGCCUCAACUUUAGAAUCUAAGAUCACUGAGGAUCAUCAUGACAUCUGGAUCCGAGGAGCGAUGGAAAAGAGCCGCUCCUCCAACAUCAGUGUUCUGAAGGAUAGAUUCAUAGCUGCUGAGGAUUCUGCUCUAGUUUCCAAGGAUGUUGCACAAAAGGAUAUUGAGAUUCUCUUGAGACGAGUGAAAACUGCUACAGCUUUAUUGACUUACCUGAAAUCUAAAGCGACAACUGUGGCUGCUGCCGAUUUGGCCAAUCUUUCACUUGAAACUGACCAGCUCCAAGAUACAAUAGACGAACAUGAUGGGACUUAUGUCACUGAGAUGCUUCAGCAUGUAGAGACCGUUACAGGCGUCAUGGAGUCUCUGGCUAGGCGUGCUUUUAUCGCCGAAUCAGAAGCCGCUAUCGAGAAAGGAAAGGUUGUGCUAAGCCAAGAGGAAAUUCAAAGAAAGGUUGGCCAACUCGAGAACAUGUCCGUGAAGUUAGAGGACAUGGAAAAGUUUGCUCUUGGGACCAGUAGUAUUCUCUGUGAAAUGCGGCAGAGGGUUGAUGAUUUGGUUGAAGAGACCUCUAGACAGAAGCAAAGAGCUACUGAAAAUGAGCUGGAACUCAGUCGCGUCAGGAGAGACUUUGAGUCUCUUAAAUCGUAUGUUACAAGUCUCAUUAGCGUCAGAGAAACUCUCGUCUCAUCCGAGAAGCAGUUCCAAACAAUCGAGAGGCUUUUUGAACGGCUUGUUGCAAAGACAACGCAGUUGGAAAGCGAGAAAGUGCAGAAAGAAGCAGAGGUUCAGAAACUAAUGGAAGAGAAUGUAAGACUGACGGCUCUUGUGGAUAAGAAAGAGGCACAGCUUCUGGCCAUGAAUGAGCAGUGCAAAAUGAUGGCCCUAAGCUCUAUAUGAUGCUUAGAGAUGAAUAUUGCUCUACUUAAUCUUUCUUCCACUUGUAACAUAAAGAAACUCUUAUUUGAUACAACUUCCAUGUUUGUUGAUAUCCUAAAGGCAACAAAAUAUUUGUCCUGGAAGACUCUGUAUGUGAUUGUACAUUCUUAGCACAUGAAAUUGCGUUAUUGUUUGGCUUAA